CGGCCCGGGUCUGGGCGCCCCGCCCGCCCGCCCGCCUCGCGGCUCGGGCUGCUACUGCUCGGUGGGACCGCGGCGCGCGUGGCUACUCCGCUCUCCCCGUUGCAAGCACUGGCCUGGGCGCCGGCCGCCAGCAUGGACGCUCGCCGCGUGCGGCCAAAGAAUCGCAGAGUAAAGAAGAACUUCAAGAAAUUCAGAUAUGUGAAGUUGAUUUCCAUGGAAACCUCGUCAUCCUCUGAUGACAGUUGUGACAGCUUUGCUUCUGAUAAUUUUGCAAACACGAAACCUAAAUUCAGGUCAGAUAUCAGUGAAGAACUGGCAAAUGUUUUUUAUGAGGACUCUGAUAAUGAAUCUUUCUGCGGCUUUUCAGAAAGUGAGGUGCAAGAUGUGUUAGACCAUUGUGGAUUUUUGCAGAAACCAAGGCCAGAUGUCACUAACGAACUGGCCAGUAUUUUUCAUGCCGACUCUGACGAUGAAUCAUUUUGCGGGUUCUCAGAGAGUGAGAUACAAGAUGGAAUGAGACUGCAGCCAGACCGUGCGGGCUGUAGGACUCGCAGUCAGUGCAGACAUCCAGGACCUCUCCGAGUGGCCAUGAAGUUUCCAACUCGAAAUACCAGGAGAGCAGCCAACAAGAAAGCAGCACCCCCUGAACCCUCAGAGAAUUCUGUGACUGAUUCGAAUUCUGAUUCAGAAGAUGAAAAUGGCUUGAAUUUUUUGGAGAAAAGAGCUUUAAAUAUAAAGCAAAACAAAGCGAUGCUUGCAAAACUAAUGUCAGAAUUAGAAAGCUUCCCUGGCGCGUUUCCUGGACGGCAUUCCCUCCCGGGCCCCAGUUCCCAACCAAAGACACCCCGAAGGCGUACCUUCCCAGGUGUUACUUCCAGGAGAAACCCCGAACGGAGAGCUCGUCCUCUCACCAGGUCAAGGUCUCGGAUCCUCGGGUCCCUUAGCUCUCUUCCUGUGGAGGAGGAGGAGGAGGAAGAGGAUAAGUACAUGCUGGUGAGAAAACGGAAGUCCAUGGAUGGCUACAUGAACGAAGAUGACAUGCCCAGAGGUCGUCGUCCUGGAUCCAUGACCCUUCCGCAUGUAAUUCGCCCGGUGGAAGAAAUUACAGAGGACGAGCUGGAGAACAUCUGCAACAGUUCUCGAGAGAAGAUAUAUAGCCGUUCAUUGGGAUCUACUUGUCAUCAGUGCCGCCAGAAAACAAUCGAUACCAAAACAAACUGCAGAAACCCAGAGUGCUGGGGCGUUCGAGGCCAGUUCUGCGGUCCCUGCCUUCGAAACCGUUAUGGUGAAGAGGUCAAAGAUGCUCUGCUGGAUCCAAACUGGCAUUGCCCACCUUGUCGAAGAAUCUGCAAUUGCAGUUUCUGUCGGCAGCGAGAUGGGCGGUGUGCGACUGGGGUCCUUGUGUACUUAGCCAAAUACCAUGGCUUCGGGAAUGUGCAUGCUUACUUGAAAAGUCUGAAACACGAAUUUGAAAUGCAAGCAUGAUAGCUGGAAGAUCCACUACCUGCCUUCCACCGCAUAAAUAUUCCUGGUUAAAGUUUUCACUUUUGUCAUGUGAUUGAAACCCAAGUUAAGAAUUUUGAUGGUCAAUCUGUUUUAUAGGAAAGUCAAAUCAGGUUAAUCUCAUUAGACGGAUGUUUCUGAGCAUCAUGGAAGCAUAUUGCUUGCUAGCCAUACUUUGCCCUCUUGCCAUUUCUCCUUUGAUUUCCCCUGCCCCUCACCACCCCCCUCUAUUUCCAGUGGUUCUCUUUCACCAUCUGGUUUCUGAUUUUUUUUUUUAAUGACAAUUUUAUGAAAGCAUGCUUGAUUUAACUGGUGUUGAAAUAGCCCUGGAAUCCACCUAUAAAACCAAGCACUUAGAAACACAGUAGUAGUGUUAACUAACUACAUCUAUUGAAUUCCAGAGACUAGCCCUCUAACUUGUUUACAGGAAAACAAUGGGUAUGAUUUAAUGUUUGUACUAGUUGAUAUUUCUAACAAGACUCAAGGCGCAGAAGUCUUAAAACCACGUGGAGAAAUGAGGUCAUCAUUGGAAAGUGGAGUAUGUUGCUUCGGAUGCCUCAAGAAUAUUCUGUGUAUUGUGCUUAUUAGACAAGUCGUCGCAGCUGAGGCUUAGUUGCUGCUGAUUUCUUCCACCAUGGGGUUGGGGUGCAUCAGGCUCACACAGUCCUGACCCAAAGGUUUGUGGGCAGUGCUAUACUUGAGGUCAUUGUAGAGUAGAAAAGAUAUCCUAGGGAAUUAGGAUGGCGAGUCUUCAGAAAUAGGCUGAUUUGAAUUCAUGGUAUAAAACUUUGGUAUAAUGGUAGUUUACCAAGUUUAUUUCAGUACACAAAUAUGUAAGGUAUUUCAAAUAAAUUCUUGAUCAUUUUGCAUGGAAAAUUAAUACUAACACUAGUCUACAAUUGUUUGCAGUUUUUGCUUUCUUGAAGACAUAAGCUAGGCACAGAGUUCGUGUUCAGGUUUUUAAGCACUUUGAGAACAAUGACAAGUGCCUUUUUGGAGAUGGGUAACUUUCCAGUUUGUUAACUUGAUGUCUGUGCCACUUUAGUUUCUGGGCAGAAUUCAUGUGUCAUCUCCCCCUUCCUCAUUUUUUACAUUAAUCAAAUCGUCUGAGAGAGGUGGAAUCUGCUUUGCAUGUGCAGCCUGUUGCUAUGCCCAUUUGGUGUUUGUUGCGUAAUUGGACCUUGAAUCAAUAAAUGUAAAUAGAGCUUUUGAUCUGUAAUGCUUUUAUACAAAGUUUUUAUUUUAAUAAUAAAACAUUUUGUUUUA